AUGUGUGCUGUUUCCGCCAUUGCUAAUCCCAUGGAUUCCAUCACCCUCUUCCAACUUGUUCAGACACACUCUUUUGCCACUUCACUUGCUGUGGCUGCUUUAUCUCUUUUGUUCCUCUUCUGGCUGCUCCGUCGCAUUCCAGGAUUCACUCGUAGACAUGCAGGACUUCCCCCGGUACCAGCUGUUCCAGGACUACCCGUGAUCGGGAAUCUUCUGCAAUUGAAGGAGAAGAAACCUUACAAGACCUUCACACGAAUGGCUCAAAAACAUGGACCCAUUUAUUCCAUCAGAACCGGUGCUUCCACUAUCAUUGUUCUCAACUCUGCCGAUCUUGCCAAGGAGGUCGGUCACUGCUUCUCUUUUUAA